AUGUGGUACGUUGUUCUAUUUACCCAUGAAAACAAUGUGGCUGUUUGCCCAUCAUCAUGGCAUGUAGAAAGCACCAAUGAAUUCUUUUGGCCCCCCUCUUCACUAUCAACAGCGGCAAUAACGAAAUGUAUUAAACAUACAUUUUCACCUCAAGAGGACUGGCUACCAUACCCGGGUGAAAUUCUUGGCAAAUAUGUUACAUAUGAAAUUGCAAUGAGCAAACAGCUGAAGGCUCAAACAUCAGAUCAUUUGACUACAACAGAAGAUGAUGAAGCAGGAAGGGGCAAAAGAAAGAGGAAGGCAAAAUCAUACAUUAGUGAUUAUGUAAGUAACUCUACCAAUUCUGAACUGUCAGAGGAUUGUGGCUUAACCUUCCCAAAAGUGCCCACACCAAUGAUUUCAGUUUUUCCUGAAAAAUCUCAAAAUGAAAUUUUAUCACUUACAGAAGAAAGAACAAAACCAGUGCGCAAAAAAAACAUUCUAAAGAGAAUGAAAUCUCGAUCCUUGUCACCAAAUAUACACAGACAUACUAAUAACAUCAGUUCACUUCUGAAAUCCUUUAAAACAGCGGCCCCAAAAAGUCAAAAUUGUCCGAAUAUUCUUAUGGAUUCGUCCAGUUCAGCAACCCCAAAAAGUCAACACCGUCCAAACAUGAGUCCACUGCUGGAUUCAGCUGUUCUAACAAGAAGUGACGAAAGUAUCAUUGAGCUACUUAAUCAAAUAAAAACAGAAAAUGCAGAAUUCAGAAUAAACGUCAAUAGAAGACUGAAUAUUAUAAAUAUGAAAGUUAACGACAUAUAUGAAAAUCUGGAAUCACAAAAAUCUUUAAAUGGGGACACACAUGACUUUAACAUGAAUACAGAAGUUUCUGAAAUACUUGGCAAUUUUCCUUUAAAAAAUGAAAAUGAUCUUUUAAAGCUAGAGAAGCUUCUUCAGGAUGAUGGUAAUAAGAAAUUUCUGGUUGUUGAACUUGCCAGGACUGGUGGGUCAGAAGUUAAGGAAAUUGUUAAGAGAAUAAUGUACAAGGUGUUCACCAAUGAAGUUGGCGAGAAGUAUAGCUGGGAGGGUGCUAAACAAAAACAAAAAUUUAAAGACCUCAAAAUUGCAAGGGUUAUCAUGGAUGCUGUUAGAUAUAAUAAGAACACUCAAAAUUCAACAGAGGCUGAAAUUAUAUUUUGUAUUAAGAAAUGGCUAGUUAAGGCUCCAGAUCGAAAAAAGAAAGCAAUAACAAAGAAGUCAGAAACACAAUCUACAACCUAA